GGUUGGUUAAGAAUGAAAAAAGAUUAUGAUCUUGUCAAACCAAUAUUAGAAGAAUAUGAUGAACGAAUAAAUGUCGAACAGAUUGAUCUAAAAUAUGAAUUUCAGAUACAAGAUCUUUCGUUUCAAUAUAAAGGAACAAGAGAAACUUUUCAUUUACAACUUGAUGGUUCACUCAGUUUUAAAAAGGGUGAAGUUAUAUUGAUUACUGGUAAAAGUGGAUCAGGUAAAUCAACAUUCUACGAUAUUCUAAAUGGUUCAAUUCCAAUGAAUGAUUAUUCAGCUAAAGUACAAAUUGAUAAUGAACAACAAUCAACAACACUUCAUUCCAUUGAAAAAUGUCGAACAAUGGUUUUACAAGAUAGUGACAUGGAUUAUCGAUCGACAAUUUACAGUAUGGUGACAGAUAUUGAUGAAGAUGAAGUGAAUAAAAAUCGAACGCCUGAACUUGAUUCACUCGUAUGGGAAUUUUUACGUCUUGUUCAAAUUGAUGAUUUUAUUCGAGAUGAACUCAAUGGUGAUCUUGAUGAAGCAAUGGAAAAUAAAUUGAGUGGAGGACAAAAAAUGCGAUUGUUAUUGGCACGAGCUUUGUAUCGUGCUCAUAAUCGUAAUUCUUCACUAUUGAUUCUUGACGAACCGGAUAAAGGUUUACCUGCUGAAAUAACACUUACUAUCAUUGAUAAUAUUAUGAAAUGGUAUCGAUCGAAAGGUAUUCUUUUUCUUACGCUACAUACUGAACGAGCGCAUAUGCUUAAUUUCGAUCAAACUUUACAUAUUGACCAAGGAAUUAUUACUAAAAUCAAAUAA